AUGGCUGCGCUCUCUCAGCACCUGAGGAUCCUGCUCUGGAAGAACUGGCUGAGUGUCAAGAGGCAGCCGGUAUGGUCGUUUGUUUUAAUUUCCUGGCCUGUGGUUGUUUUCAUAAUCUUGGCCAUUAUCCGUCUCAAAUUCCCUCCAGAACCACAGCAAAACUGUUAUCUUGCACCCCGAAACCUUCCUAGUGCAGGCUUCUUCCCAUUCUUGCAAACCGUGCUGUGUGAUUCAGAUGCCAGGUGUAAAGGCACACCAUACACACCAGAAGAUUUGCUGCCAAGACUUAGUGACGUCUCAUCUCUCAGACUUAAGAGGAGGAGCUCAUCCAGUGUAUCCAAGGACAGCCAUCCAUCAGCAUGGAGUGCAGAGGUUCCUAAAAGUGGGAACGCUUCGCUGGCAUUUGGGGAUUUGGGAUCUCAUGGAGAAAAAACCUUUGGGAAUAUUUCAUCACCAUCCAACUUGACUUCCAGCAUCAACACGUUCAACAAAAUCCUCAAUUUUGGGAAGAGCCAGACCCAACAUUCAACUACAGCCACUCUCAAAGUCCUGCUGUGUGAGGUCUUGUCGCGGUAUGUGGCACAUCCCAGUGUCACUGGAGAGAGGAUGGCGGCCAACAUCCACCACACCUUCUGCUUCACUGACUCGUCACUUUUGGAGUCGUUUGCCCAGGAGUUCAGGAGUCAACUCUCUCAGGUGCAACACAACCCACAGUACCAGGAGACAUUUGUCAGUGAAAUGGUCUCGUUUCUGACACUCAUCUCCCAAGUGCAGAAUGACACCUCCCUGUGGCAUCUCCUUUUGCUGGCCCCAGAUGUGUUGCAGGACAACAUGCAACUGCGAGACAUAAUGGAUUUCCUUCAGAAUCCAAGCAGUGUUGUGCUGGCAGCUCAGAAUGUCUCUGCAUCGCUUUUGACUGAUGAUAGAUCCAAAACUGUUCAGAAUGGGGUUACAGAUCUUCCAUAUUCAGUGAACUGCUUGGAGCAAGAUAAAGAAAAAAGUUUGGUGACCAGAUACAUUUGUAAUUCCUUUGUUAACUGGAAAGACAAGCAGACUUUAGUGUCUGAAUUGGAGGAAGUUCUAAGAAAAAUAAAGUCACCAGAGAUUGGUAGAAAGGACUCCAAGAGGUCCAUUAAUUCAGAUGAUUUAGAAGCCAUACAAAAGCAUCUACAUCGUUUAAAAGGCUUUGAGGAAAAAAUGAAUAGAAGUGAAUUAAAAACCUUAAAUCUAUUCAGAAAUUUGAAGAAUGAAACAUUACAGAAAUUGUAUGCAUUUCUUGAACUGGGAAUGAAUCCACAUCAUGAUUAUAAAUUAAAGGAACCAUAUAAUAAGGAAAUAAUUGAUGAAAUCUAUAACUUCACAUCACUGCAAUUACUGAGUGACUUUAAUGGGACUUCCAUCUUUGAUAUAAUGACCCAGUGGAAAGAAAUUCAGAGCGCUUUAAAAUUAGCUACAAUUAUUUGGAAUCCAGUUUUGUUAAACAAUUCUAAUUUUAGUACAUUACAGACUAAGGAUGCUCUCAAAAUGUUGCUCUCCACGAGUAUGCCAUCACUUCUAGAAGACUUCAGAGACCGUUUAAAUGGAAUGCAAGAAACAGCAUCUUUGUUUUCGGAUGAUCUGCUGAAGCCUGUGUCCUACGGGAACUUUCCAGAGCAGCUCCAAGCUCUGCAGAGGAUGUUUUUUGUAAUGACAGGCACGAACGUGGGUUAUCAGUACCUACUGCUGCCUGUGUUUGAGGUGAUGCGGGAAGUGGAGCGCUCCUUGGGGGAAGCCUGGUGGGAUGAGCUGAAUGUCUACUGGCGCCUCGGGGAGAAACUGAGGUCGAUGAAGUGGAACAACACAGGCAUCAUCGCCUACGGGCAGUUCUUAGAGGUAUUAAAGAGCCAUUUACGAAAGCUGAAUAAUAAUUCAAGUGGUGUCUUCAGUGAACAGUUGGAUCAGCUGUCAGAAUUUAUAACAGCCGUGUUUAAAGAGUUUGGGGAAAGCUCUGGAGUAGGCAAUAUCUCACUAGUCACCCAAGCCAUCCAAAAGACCUUGUACAUAUUAAAAGACUUACAGCUGAAUUAUAAUGUCACUAAAUUAAAAUCUAUAGAUCUUUUCUUUCAUUUUGACAAUAAAACCUUCAAGAGCUUGUCUGAACUUCUGAGGACAGGAAUGAAAAUCCUUCAUUAUACAAGGGACAGUGAAGCUUCCAGGGAAGAAAUAAUUAACCCUGUCUAUAACUUAACACGUCUUCUACUGCAGGAGUCCAGCCAGUCUUCCCUACAGCCCAAUACUUCCCUGGAGGCAAAAAUUUGGGAGUUCUUGCAUUCAGUCUUGAGUCCUUUCCUUGAGAACAGCAACAAUGGUGACGGGACCCUCCAGAAUUGCUCUUUUGAAAACGUGCUCCACGUAGCACUUGAGAUGCUGUUUGAAAAUGCCACUCUAAGGGAGUUCUUAGCCAGGAGCCCCUGCAAGGCCCUCUUUGAUUCUAUGGGCAUGGAGGGUGGAACAGUGCACAAUGACAGCUUUGCCAAAGUGUUCCAGCUUGCCAUAAGAAACCUGAAACUGUCUCCACAGUUUUCUGCUCUCUACAAGAACAGCAGUGAACGCUUCUCCCAGGAGCUGUCGUGCAUCACCCAAUCUCUGCAUUUUUCCCUGAGUUUCCUUUCCAAAUUAAACCUUGUGUCUGAGCUGGAAAACUCUUGGGUGCAGGAGAAGGCAAGAGCUCUGACUGCUGUCACAGAGGGACUGCUGCAGAGUAAUGUCUCCUGCCCCAUCCCAGUCCAAGAUGUGCUCCCAUCUCAGCUUUUGAGCCUGCUGAUUCCUACCAUGCUGAGUGAAACAGUGCUGGACUCCCUAAAUUUCUCUGACAGCUCAGCAGACUGGCAUAGGCUGCCUGUGUUCUCCCAUCUGUUACCUGCUGCUUCCAUGAGGAACAGCAGCGUGUAUGAACUGCUCCGGGUGGGCAGAGAUGCCUCCAUGCAGUCCGAGUGGGGACAUUUCUCGCGGCUGUGGCGCGUCACUGGCAACGUGCUGACCUCCAAAUGGAACCUAACAGAAGUGGGUGAAUAUGUGAAACUCCUGGAAGUUAUGAAGAAAGCUCUAAUCCUUGUGGACUUUGGGGUAGCUCCUGGAACAACAUUAGUACGUCAGAUCUUUCAUCAUUCCAGUGAAGGAAUGAAAUCCUCAGAUCUGAAUGAUUUGUAUGGUUCAUCAAAACUCUUUUUCAAUUCAACUUCUUCCAUGGAUAGCACGCUGGACUUUGAAAGAAUAUUUCAGGAAAUACUUCCUCUGUAUGAAGGUGGUGGUGAAGAAUUCUUGUACUCUAAUCCCUAUGGAAAAGAAAAUCAGGAUGUUCUGACUAUGGCUGCAGUGAUUUGGAAUGAGAUAAUUUCGAACAGGACUCAUUUUAAUACAGAGGAUGCAUGGGAGGUUAUCAAAAUGAUUGCACUUGAUGCAAUCUCGCUUGAAGACAUUGAAAAUUAUCUCAGCACAGAUGAAAAAGUGUUAUCAUUAUUUUCUGACUUCUUGUUGGCCUCUGGAAAGUCUGAAAAUUUUGCAGAACACCUCUUGUCCCUUGAGCAACUUCUUGGUGUCGUGGCAGAGGUGAAUACCAGUGAUCAUUAUCUGCUGAUCUCUUCUUUGUCUAAGCUAAUGCAGAAACUCCUGGAUUUCCCUCAUUUAAGGCAGAGAAAUGAACUGCAGGCUUUCUGGGAAAUUGCUGAAGGUCUCCAGUCUGUCAACUGGAAUAGUACAGACAGUCUCACUCCCCGGUCACUUCUGGACAUGCUGCAAAAUCAGUUCAGUAUUGUGGAAAAGUACUCCAGUCUUCCCUUUGGUGAGGAACUGAAGGAGCUGCUAAACUUUACAUCCUCCAUGCUUGAGCUGUAUGGGGAAGAACACUCCAGAGGAACCAACAUCUCCAAGUACUUGCAGGCCAUGCAAAGGAGUAUCUCAAUUUUAAAAGGUUUGCAGAAAAGGUAUAAUAUCAGUGAGCUUGAAAUUAUCAUCCUAUUAUUUGAUACUUACAGUAACUAUACCCAGAGACUGAUUGAAAUAGGGAGAGCAGGGAUGAAAGUUCUGCAUGACACCAACUCAAACAAAACAUUUGCAGAAAAAAUGGACAUUGUCUAUGAUUUCUCACACUUGCUGCUGCAGGAGUUCAGCCAGUCUUCCCUACAGCCCAAUGCUUCUCUAGAGGCAAAAAUUUGGGAGUUCUUGCAUUCAGCCUUGAGUCCUUUCCUUGAGAACAGCAACAAUGGUGACGGGACCCUCCAGAAUUGCUCUUUUGAAAACGUGCUCCACGUAGCACUUGAGAUGCUGUUUGAAAAUGCCACUCUAAGGGAGUCCUUAGCCAGGAGCCCCUGCAAGGCCCUCUUUGAUUCCAUGGGCAUGGAGGGUGGAACAGUGCACAAUGACAGCUUUGCCAAAGUGUUCCAGCUUGCCAUAAGAAACCUGAAACUGUCUCCACAGUUUUCUGCUCUCUACAAGAACAGCAGUGAACGCUUCUCCAAGGAACUGUCGUGCAUCACCCAAUCUCUGCAUUUUUCCCUGAGUUUCCUUUCCAAAUUAAACCUUGUGUCUGAGCUGGAAAACUCUUGGGUGCAGGAGAAGGCGAGAGCUCUGACUGCUGUCACAGAGGGGCUGCUGCAGAGUAAUGUCUCCUGCCCCAUCCCAGUCCACGAUAUGCUCCCAUCUCAGCUUUUGAGCCUGCUGAUUCCUGCCAUGCUGAAUGAAACAGUGCUGGACUCCCUAAAUUUCCCUGACACUGUAGCAAGCUGGAAUAACCUGUCCAUGCUCUUCAGUGUGGCACAGGAUGAGCUCCACAUGAACAACCUGCUGCAGAGACUGCACGGCGCCUUCAGCCUUCCCAAAUGGAGUUAUUACACAAGUGUCUGGGAGGUGGUUGACAGGUUCCUCAACACCAAAAGGAAUCUAACUGAAGGAGCUGCCUUUGGAAAGUUGUUGAGAGCAGUGGCAAACAACUCUGCCAACGAGAUGUCAGCUCAGGAAAUCGCAGAAGCCAGCCUCUACAUUCUCAAGGGGCUGAACUUCUCUGAUCUGCUAAAUGAAUUCAAUAUAAGUUCUGGCUCAGCUUUUCACUCCAACAAAACUAGUUUUGGCAGUGUGAUUGAUAUCAUCUCUCAUCACUUCGUAGUUGUGGCAGAAACCCUCUACAACAAGACCCUUCCUUGGUCUCAGGGUGACCACACUCUGUCACCAACCAGUUUGAUCACACGAUUUCUGUUUUUGGAAUUUGAAAACACGCUCUUGCAGGUGACAAUGAAUAACAGCUGUAACCCUUACCUGAAGUGUUUAAUAAAUGCUGCUGAAGCUGAGGACAGAGAAUUGACAGAAAACAUCACCCUGCUUUUGAAGCAAACUCAUCUGAAAAAGAACUCUUUUAUGCAAAAUAAUACCUCUGAGAAACAUUCAUCCAUACCAGAGCUCCUGAAGCUAAAAAUCUCUCGCCUACGGGAUCUGACAACCCUUCUGUGUGACUAUGAGAGCUUCAAGUCAGUCCAGCAGCUCUGCCACCUCCCCGAGGUUGGCUUUGGAGAGCUGUGUGAGCAAGGCCAAUCCCACGAGCAGCUCCUUCGCGCUGUGGAGCUGGGCAGUCACGUGGUGACCGAUGUCCUGAAUCACAGGAGAAUCUCCCGAGAGCUUCAGAAUGUACUCAUUGGGGAUGCCAUGAACAUGCAGACACAGCUGAAUUGGCUUCAAGAAAAUGUACCAGAAAUUGCUUUCUUUCAAGAGAUUCCUCAAUAUAUGGCGACUUUGAAUUCCAUGUUUAACAUCACUGAGAGUUUAAAAAACUCUAGCAAGCAAGAAAAGUUAAGAGAUGUGUUUAAAAAUGUGGACCAGCUCAAGGAGGAUCUCAAAAACGCAACAGGAAUGUCUGCAGCCAGUAUUGAUGCUCUUCUGGAAACACCUCUCCCAGAAAACAGCAGUCAGCUCAUUUCUCAGCUCCUACAGCUGGAGUCCUGUAGUGUCGGUCCCGCUGACCCGCAGCUGCGAACGGUGGCAGAGGAGUUGUGCAAACUCUCUCUCUCAGAGAGGACUCGUGGGACCUACAUCCUGGGGGUCACGCUGUUACGGCACUUAGACGUUUACAAUUUCUUGUACAAGAUGUUUUUCCCUAAGGAACUUCAGCAACCCAUGGACAAGAUGUUAGGCCUUCUGACAAAAAUGAAAUACUUCAGACACCAGGUUGAAUCUGGUGUUGAUCCAUUGCUACAAGCUAUUCAUUCCCUGAAAAAGCUCCGGCAGUCUAGGAAAAUGCCACUGACUAAGGCAUUAUUUAAACCAGCCACAUUUAGGAUAACACGGGGCUCAUUUAAGUCCAUGUCAAAAGUUCUCUGCAACCAGGAGAUCACACCCCUGUUCUUUGAGUCCUUGCUUCCAGAUUUUGGAGACCCCACAAACAACAGUUCUUACACGGAGGAUGUCUAUGUCCAAAAGCUGAUGAGGAAAUAUGGGAUUCCUCAAGACUCCACACCAUUUUGCUUAUCCUUUUACCUGGACCUGGUCAAGACCCCGACUGGAGCUUUAAUUUGGUCUUUUUUAAAACCAAUGGUGCUUGGGAAGAUCCUUUUUACACCAGAUACCCCAGCAACUCGAGCAAUCAUGAGAAAGUCUAAUGCAACCCUGGAGCAGAUGGCUGAUCUAGCCCUGAAGUCCCAAGAGUGGCUGGACAAGUCUCCUAUCAUCAUUAAUUCCCUGGCUAAGUUAAACCAGACAGUUCCAAUGAUCAAGAACGCUCUGCAGAAUCCCUUUGUGCAGGUUUUUAUCAAGAUGAUGGUGGAUUUGGAUGCAGCUGAACUGCUGAGUCAGAUAAAUGAACUGGAUGAUAUUCGGCUGGAAUUACAGAACAACACUGACAUUGUUGAUCAGCUGAACACUCUUGCUACCCUUGCUGUAAACGUGUCCUCCUGCGUCUCGUUUAAUCGUGUGCAGGCAGUCAAGGACUUAGAGGAAAUGGAAAGGGUGGCUAAGGAGCUCUUUCUGAAGAACGAGCUAUUUGCAAGUAUCAUUUUCAGGCUGCCUUCGAGCCAUAGCAGCCCUGGAUCCUCAAUUUCUGGGGCCUUGACCCUCCCUCCUGUGCUCAACUACACGAUCCGAAUGAGCAGCAGGAUCACACAGACCACCAACAGGAUACGGGAGCGCAUCUGGACCGUGGGCCCACACAAUUCCACCUCCCAGAGCCAGAUCUACAGCCGGGCCUUUAUUUAUAUCCAGGACAGCAUUGAAAGGGCCAUGAUUGAAUUACAGACUGGCAAGAAACCAGAGGAGAUAGCUGUUCAAGUCCAGGCCAUGCCUUACCCCUGCUACAACAAGGAUAUGUUCUUAACCAGCGUGACCUACUCUCUUCCAUUUGCUCUGAUGGCUGCCUGGGUGCUGUUUAUAGCUGAUUUUGUUAAAACACUUGUUCAAGAGAAAGAUCUGAGGCUUUAUGAGUACAUGAAGAUGAUGGGUGUUAAUGCCAGCAGCCAUUUCAUCGCCUGGUUCGUGGAGUGUGCCAUCUUCCUUCUGAUCACUGUCACCUUCCUCAUUAUUGUUCUAAAAGUGGGUGACAUCCUACCCAAAACAAACACAACACUCCUGUUCCUGUACCUCAUGGACUACAGCCUGUCCAUCAUAGCCAUGAGCUACUUCAUCAGUGUUUUCUUCAAUAACACCAACAUAGCAGCCUUGGUGGGCAGCCUCGUGUACAUCCUCACCUUCUUUCCCUUCAUCGUGCUGCUCGUCAUCGAGAAUCACUUGAGCUUCUCUGUGAAGAGCCUCCUGCCUGUUGUCCCAACUGCCUUCAGUUAUGCAAGUCAAUACAUUGCUCGCUACGAGGCACAGGGCAUAGGUCUGCAGUGGGACAACAUGUAUAAGUCCCCCAUGAUUGGAGACAACACUUCCUUUGGCUGGAUGUGCUGGCUCAUUCUGAUAGACUCGUUCAUUUACUUCAUCCUGGGGUGGUAUAUAAGGAAUGUUUUCCCAGGUAGAUAUGGCAUGGCUGCUCCCUGGUAUUUCCCAUUGCUUCCAUCUUACUGGAUCGAAUACAACGGUUACCUCCCCUUCUGGAAUGAGAAACAGAGAGGCCUUCUCUUCUCCAAGCUGAUGUUAAGGAAAGAAGUCACCCUCAACAAUAAGAUAUGUGCCCCCCACCCUCACAUGGAACCGGAGCCCACUGAUCUCCCCUUGGGAGUCUCUCUCCAUGGCAUAACCAAGGUUUAUGGAUCCAAAGCAGCAGUGGACAACCUCAGCCUCAACUUCUAUGAAGGGAAUAUCACUUCCCUGCUGGGUCACAAUGGAGCUGGGAAAACUACAACCAUAUCUAUUUUGACUGGAUUGUUCCCUACGUCGUCAGGUACUAUCAUUGUGUGUGGCAAAGACAUCAGGACUGACCAGGAGGUCAUCAGGAAGAACAUGGGGUGUGUAUGCAGCAACAACGUGCUCUUUAACUACCUCACCACGAAGGAACACCUGCUGCUCUACGGGUACAUCAAAGUCCCUCACUGGAGUAAAGAGGAGCUCUACCAGAAGUGAAGAGGUAUAAAAACAGACCUUGAAGAGACUGGGCUAUACAGCCACCGUCACAAGCUGGCUGGCACUCUGUCCGGGGUGAAGAGGAAGUUAUCCAUAGCCAUUGCUCUCCUGGGUGGAUCAAGGGUGGUGAUACUUGAUGAACCAACCACAGGGGUUGAUCCAUGCUCCCGGAGGAGUAUUUGGGAAAUUAUCUCCAAGAAUAAAAAAGGCAGAACCAUCAUUCUCUCAACACAUCACUUGGAUGAAGCCGAAGUUCUAAGCGACCGAAUCGCCUUCCUAGAGCAUGGAGGGCUUAAAUGCUGUGGUUCACCUUUCUACCUCAAGGAAACCUUUGGUGAUGGAUACCAUCUGACACUCACCAAAAAGAAGAACAUGAUAGAGGAGUAUGACACCUCAGCAGUGACCUCCUUGAUCCAGUCCCAUCUUCCAGAGGCUUAUCUCAAGGAGGAUAUUGGUGGAGAGCUCGUGUAUGUGCUUCCCCCCUUCAAGUCCACAGUCGGGGCCUACCAGGCACUUCUCAGAGCCCUGGACAGCAGCUAUGAUCUGCACCUUGGCUGCUACGGGAUUUCAACACGGACUGUGGAAGAGGUGUUUCUCAAUCUGACAAAAGAGCUGGUAAAGGACCAGCAGGAAUAUGCUGCACUGCCCCACCAGCUGCCUGGAGCCAAUGGUCACAGUGGCAGUGACGGAAUGUCUGUGAGCACAGACACCUUCACAGACAGAGACGAUCAGCUCCUGAUCAGAUCCAAAGCCCUGCAGGGUUUGCCACUGCUGCUGAAGAAGACUUCAGCUUUGUUCAUCAAGAGAUUCCACCACACCCGGCGGGAUGGCAGAGGCUUCAUCGCUCAGGUCAUCCUCCCAGUCCUCUUCGUGGUGGAUGCCAUGGGACUUGGGACACUGAGAACCAAGGAGGACCGAAUAUCCGAGCUCCUGCUGUCCCCCUCUCUGUAUGGCACAUCUGACCAGGCAGACUUCUUUGGGUGAGAAUUUAAUGAGACCACAGGUGCUUUAGUUGCUUCGACUUGUUCGAUGCUUGCUUUCCCUGGAAACGACACGUGCAUGAACGAAAGCAUUCGUAAGCAGUGUUUGACAGAGGACAUGCUUGGCCAGUGGAUUACCAGUGGAGACCAGGGAACUAAGUAUUCUGCCUGCAACUGCACAAAUGGCAUCCAGACAUGUCCACAGAUGAACUACACUCCCCCUCACAGAAGGACCUUCUCCACACGGACACUUUACAACCUUACAGGGCACAAUGUGGAGACCUAUAUCCUGGCAACCACCAAAGACUUCCUGCAGAAACGGUAUGGUGGCUGGAGCUUUGGGCUGCCUUUGACAUCAGAUCUCCAGUUUGAUAUCAAGCCAGUGCCCCCCAACAGAACACUGACCAAGGUGUGGUACAAUCCUGAAGGUUAUCACAGCCUCCCAGCCUAUCUCAACAGCUUGAACAACUUCAUUCUUCGAGCUAACUUGCCAAAAAAUGAGACAUCCAAAUAUGGUAUUUUCUUAUCAGCUCAUCCAUAUCCUGGAGGACAGAGUCAAGAGCAAGUAAUGCUCAACAGUUUACUCGACAUCAUAGUGUCCAUGUCUGUUCUGGUUGGCUACUCUAUCACGACAGCCAGCUUUGUGCUCUACAUGGUCAAAGAGCAUCAAACCAAAGCCAAACAACUGCAGCAUAUUUCAGGCAUUGGGAUGACAACCUACUGGGUGACUAACUUCGUUUAUGAUCUGGUACUUUUUAUGGUCCCUAUUGGACUCUCAGUAGGAGUUAUUUCAGCCUUCCAGAUCCCAGCUUUCUGCAACAACAGUAACUUACUGGCAGUAUUUCUUCUGCUGUUACUGUUUGGGUACGCAUCGUUUUCGUGGAUGUACCUGCUGGCUGGGUUCUUCAAGGAAACAGGGAUGGCCUUCAUCGUGUAUGUCUGUGUCAACUUGUUCUUCGGCAUCAAUACCAUUAUCACGCACUCGGUUGUAUUUCUGCUCUCCCAGGAAAAGGCCACGGACCAGGGCUUGCGUGAUCUUGCUGAAAAUUUAAGGCAUGCGUUCCUUCUGUUCCCACAAUUUUGCUUUGGCUAUGGCUUGAUUGAACUGUCGCAGGAUCAGGCACUGCUGGGCUUCUUAAAAGCCUAUGGAGUGGAUUACCCUGACAAAACCUUUGAGCUGGACAAGACCACAUCCAAGCUGUUUGCCAUGUUUAUCCAGGGCACCGUGUUUUUUGCCAUUCGCCUUACAGUUCACGACAGGAUGAUUCAGAGAGUCUGGAGCAACAUACUGGAGUUCCUGUUCGACAGAGUGCACGGCAAAGCGUCACUCCUGCCCCCUGUGGAGGAGGACGGGGACGUCCAGGCGGAGAGGAGCCGGGUGGAGGCUGGCAAGGCUGACUUCGACGUGGUGCAGCUCCAGAACCUCACAAAGAUCUACCACCUUCCUCACAAACGCAUCGUGGCUGUGAAAAACAUCAGCCUCGGGAUUCCCGCUGGAGAGUGCUUUGGCUUGCUUGGUGUGAACGGAGCUGGAAAGACGACGAUCUUCAAGAUGCUGACGGGUGAUAUCGGAGCAUCCAGCGGAAGGUUGCGGGUCCAGGAUCAUUCUGGGUCCUUGAAUGACAUUAGUGAGGCACACUGGUCACUCUUUGGCUACUGUCCUCAAGAAGAUGCCUUGGAUGACUUGCUGACGGUGGAGGAGCACAUGUAUUACUAUGCCAGGCUGCACGGCAUCCCAGAGAGGGACAUCAAGGGAGUUGUACUCCAGCUUCUCCACCGGCUGAAUCUGAUGGCCUACAAGGACAGAGUCACUUCCAUGUGCAGUUAUGGCACCAACAGAAAGUUGUCAACUGCUCUGGCUCUCAUUGGGAAUCCAUCGAUCCUGCUGCUGGAUGAACCGAGCUCUGGAAUGGAUCCGAAUGCUAAACGCCACCUUUGGAAAAUCAUCAGUGAGGAAGUGCAGAACAAGUGUUCGGUGAUACUCACAUCCCACAGCAUGGAAGAGUGUGAAGCCCUCUGUACCAGGCUGGCUAUCAUGGUGAACGGGAGUUUCCAAUGCAUUGGCUCUUUGCAGCACAUCAAGAGCAGAUUUGGAAGAGGAUUCACUGUGAAGAUGCACCUAAAUAGCAACACAGUUUGCACUGAGAUGCUGACAGAGUUCAUGAAGUCACACUUUCCAAACACGUGCCUGAAGGAUCGGCAUUUCAACAUGGUGGAGUAUCACGUUCCAGUCUCUGCAGGAGGCGUAGCAAAUAUAUUUGAUCUCCUGGAAGGCAGCAAAGCAGCCUUCAAUAUCAGGCACUUCUCUGUGAGCCAGACGACAUUAGAGGAGGUUUUCAUCAACUUUGCUAAAGAUCAAGAGGAUCCUGAUGGCGCAGACACGGGUCCUGAUGUGACAGUGGACAGCUCUGACACAAGUAGCCAAGCGAGCACCAUAAGCUCCAUCUAUUGAGGGCACCCAACCACACGGGAUCAUAAAACCUGGGAAAAGACCUGGCAGCCCCUCAGGGUUCUUCUAACCCUGUUUUCUGUGAUUCUGGGAUGGUGGGGAUGAAACAGUCCCAUUUUCUUAAAGUACUUUCUUUUUUUUAUGCACUUAAUUUGUAACUAGGAAUAUGGUAGGCAUUUGAGACUGGCACUUGGUUACAAAUCAGAUUGGUCUUUCCACAGGUUCUUUUCCUCCCAUUUCUUGUUUUGUGAUCACUGUAAUGCCUGUGAGGACUUAGAUGACAUCACCCGCUGCUCGUGGCUGUUUGCUUACAGCAGAAAUGGCUGUGAUGGAGCAGAGGAGCUGUUGGCAGUGCAGGGUGUUUGACCAAAGAGCAGCCCCCGGCUGCAGAGGAAAGCCCACACUCCACUCCUUGCUCAGCAACAGACUUCCAGGGUGACCAUGCCAAAGUCCCUCAGGUUUGACAGGUUCCCUGCUGGUGAGAAGGGGCUCGUGGCCUUGCCCUGUCUGCCAGGGGAGCUGUGAGGACAUAGGUGUUGUGUACUGAGAGCUGCAAAUGCCAUUGGUGGGGGCCAUCUUUGGUAAUGACAUAGAGCUUAUCUGUAUGUGUGGGUUACAUCAGCACAAAUACAGCUAUUUUAAAAGUUAGUGCUUCCAGUGGUUUUGGUUUAUUCCUGUAGUUUAUUCCAGCUCUGUGUAACUCCUCAAGUAACUCCUCUGGUGCCAGGCAGUUCCUAGCUCUUGGUACCCAGUGGAAGAUCAUUCCCCCACGAGCCCUUUUCUCCUUUGGGCUGGUGUUCAGGGCUGCUCUGCCACAGCUGAGGAAUGGCACAGGGCAGGUGUCUUGGAAUCCUCUGACAUGAAGGAGUUUGCUUUCCAAGACUGUGUUUCCCUGAGCACACUAAAGGCAGCGAGCACUUCCCUUGCUCAGAAAACCUCCAUCUCCCAGCAGCUCUGCCUCUCUGUGUCCUUUCCAGUGACCUUCCUCCUCAACCCUACGUGGUGGCUGCCCCCAUGACUCCAGAGCUGUGUUUUCCCACAUAAUAAGGCAUCAUUAGCUUCUGCUUCAAAGGCUCUGCCUGCUGGCUUUCAAUGAAUCCUCUGCCUCCCUAUGAGCAGCAGCCCCCAGCAGCUGAGUUCAGCACACCAGCACGCACAUCCUGCUUCCUCCCUCCCAGAAUCAUUAAUAGAUAGAGUAGUUGAAUAUGAUUCUUUAUUAUAUGUAUCAGCAUAAGGCCUCAAAGACUCGGGUUUGGGUCAGGGCAUUGGUGUACGUGGUGCUAUUCAGGCACAUAAUGAACUUAAACUCUG